AUGACCGCCAGAGCCCGACGACCUCAAAACAAAAACCGCCGACCGCCCCUGACGCUCAAGGUAGAGGAUGCGAAUGGAAACGGAAACGGCAUCAUGAGCAGCGGAGUAGAAAUGCGGCGCAAGGCCGCCAACCCCGACGCCGACAACGUCGCCGCAAACUUCAUCAAGAGCGAGUCCUUCUCCCUCGACGACCCCGUCCCCAAGACCCCGGCCCUCAACAACCACGGCUUCCUGGACCUCCCCCGACAGGACCAGAGGAACUUUCUCCUCCUGGUCCUCCUAUACUUUCUGCAGGGCAUCCCCAUGGGUCUCGCGACGGGAUCUGUGCCGUUCCUGCUCAAGAAUCACAUGUCUUAUAGCGAGAUUGGCGUCUUCAGCUUGGCCUCGUACCCGUACUCUCUCAAGCUGUUCUGGAGCCCCUUUGUGGACGCCAUCUGGAGCCCCAAGAUUGGACGAAGAAAGACGUGGAUCGUUCCAAUUCAGUUUCUCUCGGGCUUUGGCAUGCUGUGGCUAGGAUCGCAUGUGGAGGACAUGAUGGCUUCAGCAGGGAAGCCUGGCGGAAUGACUGCCUUUUCUUUCAUGCUUUGGUGGUUCUUCCUAGUCCUGAUGUGCGCGACCCAGGAUAUCGCCGUUGAUGGCUGGGCGCUCACGCUCUUGACACCCGGAAAUGUGUCGUAUGCGUCUACCGCUCAGACCGUCGGUCUCACAGCCGGCCACUUCAUGUCCUAUACCGUCUUCCUCGCCUUUAACGCCGCCGACUUUGCCAACAAGUGGUUCCGAGCCGUUCCUUCGGACGACGGCCUCAUCUCUCUUGGUGGAUACCUCAAGUUCUGGGGUUGGUCGUAUAUCAUCGUCACCGUUGGGCUCGGCCUCCUAAAGAAGGAGGAAAAGUCGCACAAUGAAGAUGGCGUGUGGGAUGUGUACCGCAUCAUGUGGGGUAUCCUCAAGCUCAAGAACGUGCAGACCAUCAUCAUCGUCCACCUCAUUGCCAAGAUUGGCUUCCAGGCCAACGACGGCGUCACCAACCUGAAGCUCUUGGAUAAGGGCUUUGGCAAGGAUAACAUGGCCCUGACAGUUCUCAUCGACUUUCCUUUCGAGAUUGGCCUGGGUUAUUAUGCUGGCAUGUGGUCGCAAAAGUAUACGCCUAUGCGGUUGUGGUGCUGGGGCUUCAUGGGCAGACUUGUCGCAGCUCUGACAGCCCAAUUUGUCGUAGCCAUCUUUCCUGCCGAGGGAGUUACUCCCUGGUAUCUCUUGGUUGUCAUCGCCGAGCAUCUCUUUUCAACUUUUACCAACACUAUCAUGUUUGUCGCUGUUUCAGCUUUCCACGCGCGAGUGUCAGACCCCGUCAUUGGCGGUACUUACAUGACACUCUUGGCAACCGUCUGCAAUCUUGGCGGUACAUUCCCGCGUUAUUUUGUCCUGCAGCUCGUCGACAGCUUCACAGUGGCCACCUGCCACCCUGGUAAGCCCGGCAGCUCAGACACCAAGAGCCCCCUCAUCACUGAGGCAUUCUCGUGCGCCGUGCAAUCUGAGAAGGAGAGGUGCGAGGCCGGAGGAGGCACAUGCGAGAUGAUCCACGACGGGUACUACGUGGUCAAUAUACUGUGUGUGCUGUUUGGCAUUGCCACCUUUUUGUGGUACAUCAAGCCCAAGGUGCUGCAUCUGCAGAGCCUGCCUCUGCGGGCGUGGAGGUUGUCACCGGGUAAUGAGGGCAAGCGAUGA